AUGGCUAAGAAAUUCGAGUUCAAGUUUGAUCUCGAGGAAGACGAAGAAACAUGGUUGACUCCUCAGCUUUCAGAAAGAACGGUUGGUACGCAGUCAAAACCAGUAGACUUGAAAGAAUGGUUCGGACAAAUUCAGAUGUCAGACCGAGCGUCAUUGCUCAGUAAAAAACUACAGAAAUAUGCUCAGAAGCGAGGUUUACGAUUCUUUCACUCACUCCUUGCUCUUGAAGCUUCAUUUUUCAAGAAGUCUCCAGAGAAGACUUCCAUCGCUUGA